CGCGCGAGGCGGUGGGUUGGAGGCUGGGCUCACAGCAGCUCAGCAGAACCGGCAGACCUGCAGCGGAACCGCGGAUGCCGAACAGCACAGCAGGCAGGGCGGAGCGGAGGGACCGGUCCAACUGAGGGGGGGUUAAAGGAGGAGAUGGAGAACCCGGCGGAGAGCCCGAGCAGGGCGGCGGAGUACCUGCAGGAGCUGAACAGGAUCAUCGACACCCAGCAGGCUCUGCUGGAGAAGCAGAGGGUUCGGAUCGAGGAGCUGGAGCUCCAGCUGACGGAGCUGAGCGAGCAGAACGCCCGUCUGAAGGAGCAGCACCAGAGGCACCUGGACACCUGCACCACCCAGCAGGGGGGCCCCAGCAUGCUGGGGGCCAUCCAGGAGAACCAGGUGCAGCAAAAUGUGGAAGGUGAUGCUCCUGACAGUGCGGUGGGCGUCUCUGUGGAUCCCAGUGGCAGCUAUGGUUGCAGGCCAGUGACCCACGGCUCAGGCCUCGGCCUGGACCAGCUGGACAGCCAGUUCUACGGACACAUCUUUCUGCCAAGCCAACUGCGACCCCGCCGAUCAAAGCUUCCGCAUUCCCAAUCCAUCCUCCGCAAGCAGGCAGAGGAGGAGGCCAUCAAGCGCUCGCGCUCACUGUCAGAGAGCUAUGAGCUGUCAUCAGACCUGCAGGACAAACAGGUGGAGAUGCUAGAACGCAAAUAUGGUGGGCGUUUCAUAACCAGACAUGCGGCACGCACCAUCCAGACUGCCUUCCGCCAGUACCAGAUGAAUAAGAACUUUGAGCGUCUCAGGAGUUCCAUGUCUGAAAAUCGGAUGUCCAGGCGGAUUGUUCUGUCCAACAUGAGAAUGCAGCUGUCCUUUGAAGGACCCGAAAAAGUCCACAGCUCCUACUUCGAGGGAAAGCAGGUCUCUUUAUCAGAUGAUGGCACUAAAAUAGGUGCCCUGGUUCAAUCUGAACGUGGCGGAGAAAGAGGCAUCCAAACGACGGCACCAAGAGCACAGAGCGACUUCACAGACGCCAUCACAGAGCUGGAGGAUGCCUUCUCCAGGCAGGUCAAGUCUCUGGCAGAGUCCAUCGAUGAUGCACUGAACUGCCGCAGCCUGCAUGGAGAAGACAGGCCACUGGAGCAAGGAAGAGGCAGAGAAUUCAGUGGCCAAGUCCCAUCUCCAGACCAACGUAAACUAGACGAGAUGACAGCGUCCUAUAGCGACGUCACCCUCUACAUUGAUGAAGAAGAACUGUCCCCCCCUCUACCCAUGUCUCGGUCCGUAGGCAGACCCUCCAGUGCAGAGUCCGACCUGCGGCAGCGCUCCCCCAGCUCCCCACAGGACUACUGGUCAUUGGCUCACAAGGAUGGCAAAGGGGACACAGACACCAGCUGUCGCAGCACACCCUCUCUGGAACGCCAAGAGCAGCAUCAGCGCGUCGACCACCUGCCCCUACUGACCAUAGAGCCUCCCAGCGACAGCUCGGUGGAACUGAGCGAUCGCUCAGACCGCAGCUCUUUGAAGAGGCAGAGCGUCUAUGAUCGGAGCCCCGGAAACCAGCAGGUCAGCCCCAAACACGCCGGCCACGGCCCACCUCCCAGGGACCCCUCCAGGGAAGACGAUGUCUCCCGGCACUGGCCCCGACAGCUCGAGGCUCACCUGGCUAUCAACGGCACAGCCAACCGCCACAGCAAGUCUGAGUCUGAUUUCUCUGAUGGCGACAAUGACAGCAUAAACAGCACGUCCAACUCCAACGAUACCAUCAACUGCAGCUCCGAGUCGUCGUCCAGGGACAGCCUGAGGGAGCAGACACUCAGCAAGCAGACGUACCACAAGGAGACCCGGAACAGCUGGGACUCCCCUGCCUUCAGCAAUGACAUCAUCCGUAAAAGACACUAUCGUAUCGGCCUGAAUCUCUUCAACAAGGCCCAAGGGCUCAAUAUGGCCCAUUGCUUCAGUUUACCAUCCCUUCAGAGCCACACAGACACAUGCUCAUCACUGACCCUUUUCUCUGUAUGUGCCUCCAGCUGUGUAGUGGAUGAGAUGGACUUCUCUGGAAUGGAGCUGGACGAAGGGCUGCGGAGAUUCCAGGCGCAUAUCAGAGUUCAGGGAGAAGCUCAGAAGGUGGAGCGCCUGAUUGAGGCCUACAGCCAGCGCUACUGCAUCUGCAAUCCUGGAGUGGUCCGUCAGUUCAGGAACCCAGACACCAUCUUCAUUCUGGCUUUUGCCAUCAUCCUCCUCAACACUGAUAUGUACAGCCCCAAUGUGAAGCCCGAGAGGAAGAUGAAGCUGGAGGACUUUGUUAAGAAUCUUAGAGGCGUUGACGAUGGGGAAGAUAUACCCCGAGAGAUGCUAGUAGGGAUCUAUGAGCGGAUCCGUAAACGUGAGCUCAGGACUAAUGAAGAUCAUGUCUCCCAGGUCCAGAAGGUGGAAAAGCUGAUUGUUGGGAAAAAACCAAUCGGCUCCCUACACCAAGGUUUGGGCUGUGUGCUUUCACUGCCCCACCGCAGGCUGGUCUGUUACUGCAGGCUGUUUGAAGUACCAGAUCCCAACAAACCCCAGAAGCUGGGCGUCCACCAGAGGGAGAUCUUCCUCUUCAAUGACCUGCUAGUGGUCACCAAGAUCUUUCAGAAGAAGAAGAACUCAGUGACUUACAGCUUUCGGCAGUCCUUCUCGCUCUACGGCAUGCAGCUGCUGCUGUUUGAGAACCAGUAUUAUCCAAACGGCGUUCGCCUGACUUCCGCAAUUCCUGGAUCAGACAUCAAGGUCCUCAUCAACUUCAACGCCCCCAAUCCUCAGGAUCGCAAGAAAUUUACUGAUGAUUUACGAGAAUCUAUUGCUGAAGUUCAAGAGAUGGAGAAAUGCCGCAUAGAGUCUGAACUGGAAAAGCAGAAGGGUUUGGUGAGGCCCAGCAUGUAUCAGUGUUCCGGGUUAAAAUCUGAGGCUGGAAACGGUAACCUGAGCCGAGCCAGCCUGGAUGACAGCUAUGCCAUCAGUGAGGGUCUGAAGAGGAGCGCGCUCAGCAGUUCCUUGCGGGAUCUCUCAGAUGCAGGAAAGCGUGGGAGACGCAGCAGUGCAGGAUCACUAGACAGCAACCUGGAAGGCUCCAUCAUUAGCAGUCCUCACAGGAGGACCCCCUCUGGGAGGGACUGCCCAUCACGCCACAGUGGAUAUUCCCUGCCCAGCUCCUCCUCACUGAUGGGCUCUCUGUUUGGCACCAGAAGACUCAAGUCUCCAAGCCCCACUCCCCAGGUUGCUCAUCCCACCCUCAUCGCCCACAACCCUCAUCCCCCCAACCUGCACCAAACAUCCCGGGAGGAGACAGACACACCGGUCCCCUUGCAUUCAUCCCAUGCCCAGUUCUGCCACAUGAGCCAGAACCCCCCGCCUUACCACCACCACCAUCACUACCACCCACCACCCCACCUGCAGCACGCGCCCAACCAGUUCCACCCAGCUCCAGCUCACAGCCAGCAGCCACCCUACCAGCCACAGCACAACCUGGGGGGGUCCCCUGCCCAGGGCCCCCACCUCCAUGGCCCCUCGCCACCACUGUCCCAGGUGUCUGGGAGCACAAAGCCCAAGCACAGCGGCAUCAGUACCGUGGUUUGAACUGGAACCUGAUCAGAUCUUUUCACUGUGCAUCUCUGACCAGCGGAUGUGAACCUAGACUGGAGUCAGACUGGAGUCAGACUGGAGACAGACUGGAGACAGACUGGAGACAAACUGGAGUCAGACUGGAAUCAGA